AUGUACAAGGUGCAACACUUAUUAGAAUUUAUAUUCAAACUCAAGGUUUUAGGUGAUUUAAAAUACUUUCUAGGGCUGGAACUUGCAAGAUCACUUGAAGGCAUUAUCCUUAGUCAAAGAAAAUACACCUUGAGCAUAUUGGAAGACACCAACUUCGUUGAUGCUAAGCCGAGUUCCUUACCUAUAGAGACAAAUCUGAGAAUGAUUGUCUCUGAUGGGAAUCUAUUGCAUGAUCCUUCCACUUAUAGGUGUAUAAUUGGGAGGCUAAUGUACCUUAUAAUAUCACGUCCUGAUAUCACAUACGCUGUCUUCACAUUGAGUCAAUUUCUAUCCAAACUAACCACCAUUCACCUUAUUGCUCUCCACCACUUACUGAAGUACUUAAAAGGGAUUAUGGGACAAGGCCUUCUCUUUUCUGCCAAGUCAUAUGCUAACAUUGAUUGGGCAGUUUGCCCGGACACUAGAAGAAAUGUCACUGGUUAUUGCGUUUACAUUCAUGAUUCCCUUAUCUCUUGGAGAUUAAAAAAGCAGCACACUGUCUCAAGGUCUUUCGCUGAAUCUGAAUAUCGGGCUAUGGUAGCAGUGGCAGCUAAAUUAACCUGGUUGAGAGGCCUUCUUUCUAACUUUCAGGUUGACAUUUCAUCUUCUAUGCUCUUUUGUGAUUCACAGUCAACCAUCUACAUUGUCACGAACCUCACAUUUCAUGAAAGAACAAAGCAUAUUAAAAUCAAUUGUCACCUUGUUCGAGAACAAUUAGUGGCAAAAUUCUUGAAUUUCAUUCACGUUCGGACACAAUACCAACUAGCUUAUGUGUUUACUAAGUCUGUAACUCUAGUUCAGUUCAAUAAUUUCAUUUUCAAGUUUGGCAUGAUAAACAUUUAUCUGUCAACUUAA